AGUAGCGCUCAGUCGUUCUUGCGAGCGUUAUUAUACCUGCACCCGUGCCAUUGUCAGUCGGCGACGGCUGCCGAUUCGCGACGUUGCAAAAACCGCUUUUCCCAUUGCUGACGUAUGCUGAAAAAUAAAACAAACGCGCUGUCGAGCGAAGCUGAAGAUGACCGACCUGAUCGGGAUGCAAAAGGGGGAGGAGGACACCGAAAAGCUCUGCCAGCUGACGAACGAGCAGAAAGAGUUCGCCGCGGCUUAUUUGAACGAGAUCGAGGAGCAGCGUGAGUCGAGGAUAUUGGAGAUCAGGAGGUGGAUUUUGGACAGCGAGGACCUUGCCGCCAGAUUAGACGAUUUCUUCAUCCUGCGCUUUCUGCGUGGCUGUAAAUUCGACGUCGAGAGGGCAAAGCAGAAGCUGAGGAAUUACUAUGAGCAGAGAUUCCUCUCCCCGGAAUGGUUUACUCACAGGGAUCCGUUCUUGCCGGAACUGCAGGAGCUGCUGAAUCUUGGAGUAUUUCUGCCGUUGAGAAAUGUGGAUGAAGAAGGAAGAAUGAUCAUCGUGGUGAGAACUUGUGCACAUGACCCCAGAAAGCAUAAGCAGUCGGACGUUUUCAAGGUCGGCAUGAUGCUUCUGGAUUUAGCAGCCCGAGACCACGUCGAAGCAUCUCUGUACGGAGUCGUAACGAUCCACGACAUGACUGGUGUCCAGAUCGGUCACGCAUUCCAAAUGACCCCCAGUAUAGUAAAGCGCCUGGUAAACACAUGGCAGGGUUACCCGAACCGUAUCAGAUCUCUGGACUACGUAAAUGCCCCGAUGCACGUCAAUGUCGUGCUCAACAUCUUCAGAAAAUUCAUGAGCAAAAAGCUUAGACAACGGAUUCAUAUUCACAGUGGAGAUGGAAAGAGCUUGUUGAAGAAGAUUUCACCCAGUGUCUUGCCCACGGAGUUGGGAGGAACUGAUGGGGACUACGAGUCUCUAAAAAAUGUUCAAAAUCGAAACUACAUUCAGACCGGAUAUUCGUUUUUCAACCAAUCAUCCUUUAUUAACGGCUUCACAACAUCCGGUCAGCUCUUUAAGAGAGGAUAAAGAUUACUUUUUAGAACUAUAUAUACGUUACUUAAUACAGCAUUUCCUUAUAUAUGCUUGCGAACACGCUCAAUACUUCACUUGAUUGUUGAGUGUAUGACUGUUUGUACAUUGUUAGGACUAUCGUAAUAUUAUUUUAAGUAAAAAGUUAAUAAUUGUUCUGUAAAAAGCCUUUAUUACAUGGAAUUUCAUAAGAAAAAGCACUCUAAUUAUACUUAUUUUCAAUAAUUCGUUCGUAGUUGGAGUAUUUUAAGUCGGAAAAUAGCGUUUUUUUUAUUUAUUUAAAUGUUCUUAUUAUGCUAAAUGUGGAAAAUUAUCUGGUUAUAGGCAGAGCUUCUCAUUAUUUUCUAGUCAGUAUGAUAUAAUUAUAUGCAAAGCUGUUUAAAAAUCAAAAAUAGUAAUUCAAUAGCUUGAAGUAUAUUGCGCAGGAGUACGCAAGUAUACGUUAGUAUUAUAAUUACUUUAGUAAUUCCAAUCAUCCGUUUAAGAGGACACAUCAUCUCUGAAACCUGAAAAAAUUAUAUAAAUAAACUAGCAAAAAUACUUAAAAUACUUGCUCUUUCUAUAAUAAAAAGAUGGAAAUUUUAUGUUAUUCUUAUUUUUAUCAGCCUACAAUGAUAUUUGGAUCUACUUUUUGACAUAAGAAAAACACGCGUUAUAUUGGUUUGAGUAUUUAUUAAAGGCACUGUCCUAAGAUUCAGAAGGUUCAUCUAGUUCAAAUGUGAGCAAAAAAGUAGGAGAACACUUAAAACAUCAGCAGUUUAUGUAUAAACAAGGGUAAUAUUUAAUUGAGUCGACUUAGAUAAUGUUUUGCAUAGAGAGUAAUUGAAAAAGAAAAAAUAAAAUUCAGGAUGAGCAUUUAUUGUAAAACAGUCAAAGCUUUCAAAUUAAAAGUGUACUCACUUCUAUCAAUAUACUGUAUUGAUUUUUAAAGUAUCCUUCUAAAAUUAUGCUUCUAUAUAUUAGGUUCAUAUUAACACGCUCAGUAUUAUAAUCUUUUGAAUAGUGCAUUUGGACUAGUAUACAAAAUAUUUUCACAAAUUCAUUUACGUAACUUCAUUUUGCUGUUUUCAGAUUUCAAAGUUCGUUUAAGAGUUUUUCAUAUCUCAAAACUUUUAAAUAUUAUAAUGUCGAAGUAUACGUGGGUAUGAAUAAAAAGAAUAACGUAUCCCGUAUUAUAUAUUCACAGAUUACUGGAAAAAACAAGCUGAAGAUAAUAAGCAGUGGUUCGUCGACGACGAAAAGUACAAACUGAAGACUUGAUUUUAUAUAAAUAACAUUGAAUUUCAAAAUUUUGUUAUAAAUUAUUUUUGUCAUAAGUCAAAGAAGAAUAAUAAUUAUGAGUUUAAUUGAUUAUGAGUUAUGGAGUUGAUCGUCCAUGAUAUUAUGUUCAUCAACAUAUAUAUAUAUAUAACAAAAAUAUUUAUUUAUCAUGAAUUUUCAACUAACGCACAUUAUACUGUUAUUGAGUGUACAUUAUAUACUUAAUGUUUAAAAAUUCUAGAUUACUGUUUUUUGUACAAAUUAUAUGCAAACGUUAAAUAAUAAACUUUUUUUACAUAAAAAUAAGGACUGAAUUAAUGGAAAGAAGUAAAAAUAAGAACGAAGAGGACAACUGGUUGGAUUUUCGAAAUUGUUAUUAUUACAAGUUAAAUAAUAAAACAUACACUUAAGUCAUGGGCAAGUAGAAUCGUCCUAUAGCUAACCAUCUAACAUCUAAAAACAACUUAUAAAAAAGAGACACUAAUUACAAGUUUACCUUUGUCCCAGCACGAGUCUAAUGCUAGCAUCCUUGGGAUCGUUAUUGCUCGUGCCGCAAAAAUAAGCUAAAAAUGAAUUUGAUGAUCGGUUCAACUUGAAAAUUUCAUCUCUUCUCUUUCCAACUUGGUUGUAGUUUUUUAACGCCCUUUUCUUCUUUCUCCGUAGGAGACGCCGAAAAGGGGGAUAACAAACGCUAACAACAAUUUAUAAGUAAAAAAAACAUCAAUAGAAUCACUAUUUCGUUGUUUAUAGCUUGAAUACAUGAUCGUACCUUUUUGCUAGUUUUUUCUUUCAUUUCGAGAUUUGCAAUCGAUCACGCAUGCACAACAUGUAUGCGUAUUUUUUUAACCACCAACAAAAAAAUAACAACGUUUUAUCAAUAUUACAAAAUUAUAAAGAAAUUCACAGUAAAACUCCGUCAUUUCUUACUCCUACGUUAUCGUCUAUACUGCGUAUACGGAUUUCGCUGAGUGCGAAACUUUUAUUUUAUCAUUUGCCCCUUUCCUCACGUUAAGUACGAUGUUUUGCGAUUCUAUCUUUUAUGACCAAUAUAGUUUUAUAAAUUUUUCGAGUCUAGCUCGGUGUAUGAAUUGCAUAUAUUUAUGUGUAUGUAUAAAAACGUUGAAGCGUCUCCUUCGCCUCGAUCAUUUUACUAUUUUGCCGGCUUUUUUCCAUCGGAGACGCUUCGACCAUGCUCCGAGACAUUCGAAGAACGAUUCAAACACUUAUGCGAUAUUCAGAAUAUAACAAAAAUGUCUAUUCUACCAAUUCCAUUUACAUUUAAGAUUAAGUCCUUGCCGCGAUCCUCUGUUAUUUUAUUUAUUAUUUUCGUUUAAAUAGAAAAAAAAAGGAAAACUGCGCAACGCCAGACGUUAUCGUCGUGAAGGACUAUGGUAAAUUAAUGCACACGUGCACUUAAAAUAAUCCAAAAAUAAUAAUAAUACGUGCGAUCUCGAUUCACAGUAUUACACGAAAGUGGCUUUCGUUCUUCGAGCGAUGGACUCAAGCUCUUGAAUUUUAGAUUUAAAUACAAUACAAUUAAAAAGUUGUCGACGACGCGUGCGCAGUACAAUUCGAAAAAUAUCAACAAACGCAGUCUGCGCUACACAAGAAUAAAAUAAUAAUAAUAAUAAUAAUAAUAAU